CUUUGUUUAUGUUGUGUUGCCUUUGAGGCAAUGAGCUGACGGGGUUCUCUGAUAUGCGGUUGUGUGAAUAUAUUGUGAUGACAAUUGAGGCCGUGUGGUGUUAUGUUUGAGGUGAGGUAAUGUGUUAUCUAUAUGGAACCUGUCUUACCAUCAAGUUGUGGUCUUAGGGUGGGAUUAUGCAACAUAAUAUGGAGAGAUUAUUGUGCUCAUGCAAUCUAUGUGCAGUCCAUAUUGCACCCGUUGUGGAGAAUUAUGAAAGAUUUGCACUGAGUUGAGAACUGACUACAUGUACACGUUGUGUUUGAUCUGUUCUAAGCAUUGAAUUAGAGCGAUCUACUAUAUGGGAUCGUGACAUUAGAAUGGACCUGAGUGUGAGAAUAGAAGCUUUGGUUAUUAAAGCUUGGCGAAGUGGUCAAGGUUAAGCACAAGCAAUUUCGUGGCCAUGGAAAUUAUUUAAUUGAUUAAUUAUAGAUGGAAAAAUUAAAAGUUUUUAAUUUUCAUUUAGUUUGGUGGUUACUCAUAGACAAUGAUGAUGUAGCAACUACAAGUUGAUGCCUACAAACUGGAAUUGAAGAAUAACAACAAUUGUUCCUGCAGGUCGAUUCAUUUAUGAUUUCCCACUAACAUAAACAUAUAUGAGGCAGGAAACAGAGUACAAUGCAGUGUGCAGUGAUUGAGGGUGAGAAUAAGGGAUGAGUGAGCCAACAAUGAGGCAGAUGGAAGGCGAGACGAAGAGGAAUGACUUGGACAGCUUAAUCAAAGCCAUUAAAUCUUCAAAUGCUUUGGAGUGCCAAAUCUCACUGCUCAGCCAACUUGGAAAUUUCGACCAAUCUGCAGACCAGACUAUUUUACUUCAAUAUCUUUCAGAAUUGUGGGAUGACUCUACAUGCUUGAGUCAGUCUCAGUGUGUGUUAAACAAAACAAUUUUGAGCAUAGUUUCAAAGUACCUGGAAGCAGAUAUAUCUGGUUGUGCCAGCCAAUUUAUUGUUCUUGGCACAAAGGCAAAUAAAUGGUGUGAAAGGCAUCUCAAUUUAAUACUUCAUUCAAAUGGUGCAUCUCAAGAUGAAAAUCUCUCUGUCAUGUUUUCUCAGAUAAUUUUAGAUUCCUUAAAUCUCUCUUCUACUUUUAUCUUUGCUUGGACAAAAUCCCCUAUAUUAGAGGAGAGGAUGCUGAUCAUCAUUAUUCAAGAAUAUGUUUCAGACUUAUUAAAUUUGACAAAAACUUCAAUAAUGGAGAUUAAGAAAAUUCCCGCAAUUGCUUCAGAGGUACUUAAGCUGUCCCAAGUCAUAUCAGAUGCUGCAGUAAAGCUUUGCAGGACUUAUUUUCAAGCCAUUAAAUUGGAAACUUGUGGAAUAAAAAAUUGCAAAAACAAUGGAAGCGCUGAGGAAGAAUUAGAUAUUGCUAGCCAUGCAAUUGACAUGGUAGUAAGCACUAUAAAGUACUUGUAUGAUCUGGGAUUGUUUGCUGCUUCUGGUGGAGGAAGUCUGGUUACUCUACUCAAUGUGUCAUGGAAAGGUGUUGUUUCUUUGCUGCAGCUUGCCAAAGGGUAUUUAUCUGGAAAGAUAGAUGUAGCUGAUAUUAUUUUGAACCUUGUUUCUAUGGCCAUUGAAUCUUUGAGAUGUGCUGCUGAAGCAUGGUCCUUGACGUUAAAUGAAAAGAUUGCAAGUGCUGAUGCUAAAAGAACCUUUCUCCCAAUAAAAUUUUACCUGAUAAAUGCUGUACGGAUUUCAUCUGACUAUCCACAUGAGUCCCUUGCGGUACACAGGGAUUUAAUUCGUUGUUCUUUGCUCAUUUUAUCUCUAGGCAUUUCAUUUAGCAAAGACGCCAAAUUCAGGGCUGCAAGUGAAGCUCUAGCAGAGUUUCUGGAACCGACAUCAUUACUUCUCCUGCAUACACUUCUAAAUACAAGCAAUAUAAAAUUGGAGUCAAGACUCCUAAUUUUGGAUGCACUUUUCUGUGCUGAAAAUGAUCCUACAUCUACUUCUGUGGAAGAUGUUUACAGUUCUGCUAGAUCAGAUAUGCUAGGGAGCAUAUUUCUUGUAAACUGUGAUAAUAUUUUCACUGCUGAAGCUGUAAAAAUAGGACGACUUGUGCUUUUUCUAAAUCUUUUUAAGACUUCUGCAGUUCUAAAAGAGGAAAUAGUAGUUGCAAUCUCUGGGAAGCUAGAACUACUUCUAGAUAUGUUGAUGCAUGAAGAAGUGUACUCCCUAGCUCUUGGUCUUGAGAUCCCCCUCUUUUGUGGUUUGGCACAAGGCUCUGGAGUAACUUGGCAGCCAAUGUUCUCUUUCAUCUUGCUAUCCUUGAAGACUUUUAUGAUUAUUUCAGCUUCUUAUUCUGCAGCUUGGAUGAAGGUUGAAGCCUUCCUAUUUGAGAAUAUUUUUCACCCUCACUUUCUCUGUCUAGAAAUUAUCACGGAAAUGUGGUGCUUCCUUUUGAGUCAUGCUGAAACAAGUAUGUCUGAUUUCAUUCUUGAUAGGGUUGGUUCAAUACUAAAGCUUGUAGCAUCAUCAGAUCCCAAUCUUGGACCUCUAAGUGUUCUGAGAAAGAUAUCACGGCUCGUAUGCAUCCUGCUUUCUUAUGUGUCUCCCGCUUCCAUUGACAGAUUUUACAAUACGUUUUUUUUCAGUGAAGAUAACUCUAAUUUGACAAAGAUUGUAUCUGUAGCAUUACUCAUGGAGGGUUUCCCUCUGGAUUUAUUAGUUGAUGAUAGCAAAUUGAUUGCCAUCCAAAAGUUAGUUACUUCAUUUUAUCAUUUCAUAGAGAGCAAAACCAAUGAACAGGCACUGCUAUGGAAUGAGUCAGAUGUAUAUGAUUCCAGUAACCUUGGACUACCUGUGCAUGCACUAUCCUCUGCCUUACAGUGUAGUCAGGUUAAGGAUUCUGAUAUUGCUGGUGACGAGAAUAUGCCAAAGAUUGUAAACUUUGCAGUCUUGGUCAUUCACGAGUAUAGAAGCACAACUAAUGUGAACAAGUACCCUUUGGCUAAACUUCUUAGUGCAAUUUUGUUUAUCAUCUCAAGCAUGAGGAAUCAUUAUGGUUCUCUGGAACUUGAAAAACUAAUUGUAGAGUUACGCAACCUUGUGGGAUGUCCUUCAGAUGUUGAUGAUGCAUUGCAUCACUGCAUGGGAUCCAUUUCUUCUUUCAUAGCUAGUCUUAGCUACAUGGAAAUAGCAGAAGAUGAAAGUCAGACACUUUGUUGUUCGAUAUGGGAUCUGUAUCAUAUGUUACUAAGGGAACGCCAUUGGGCAAUUGCUCAUCUUGCUCUAGUAGCUUUCAGUUAUUUUGCUGCUCGCACUUCCUGUGCGCAGCUUUGGAGAUUUGUUCCUUGUGAUGCGACUCUUUCAUUUGAUACCUGCACAGGCACUGAUCCAAGUGAAGAUAGGUUUAUGUCUGAGUUGAAAUGUGUUCUUGAAAAAUCUGCAGCUUUACACGGGGUUGUUCCAGCCAAAGAACUAUUAGUUCUUGUGCAAGAAGGGACCGAGUUGAGAAGAGUAGUAGCCAAACUAAUUGUCACUAAUUCACAGGUUUCUUUCUCCAAACAAAGUGUGAACCAUGACAAAAACAAGAAAAGGAAGCUUGUGGAUAGAAUUUCUGAAGGAAUUGGGCUACUCCAGAAUGGACUGAAGGUUAUGAACAAUGCACUUGCUCAAUCUGAUGCCACAGAUUUGAAAAAUACAUUCUCACCGCAUGUCUCGUCCCUUGAGGAUAUGCUGUCUCAUUUAACAGGUCUAACGAAUCGGAUUGAGUACAAUUCAGAUAAUGCCUGGGAAAAGAAUGACAUAACUUAGACCAGAAUAUUGCUGCAAGGAUAUUGACUGCUGAUGAUUCUAUUGUCAACUUUGCGAUAACCUACAUCAUACUGUGAACUUAGUUGAUACUCAGAAAGCAAAGACAAAUUUAAUCCAUUUCGGUAUGUUUUUCAGCAUCUUCCUUCACUUGGUAGAGAACUGUGAACUUGGAAUGCACUGUGGUCAAACUGUAGCUAAUCCUUGAUUGGAGCAAAAUUAGAUGAAUCCUAUAUUAGUUAAAUUUUAGUCGAUUGUAUCUUUGGUCUAAAUCUCUUUGAACAAGGGUAGCUCGCUUGAUUUAUUGCUCACUACCUUGCUUUA